AUGCAUGCGGAACAGAUGUCUUUGAUUGAUUCGGGAACAUUCGCAACCACACUAAGCAACAUAUUGGCGAGCCUGCCAGGGCUCGAGGUCCUUCGGAUGACAGAUAUGGCUAAUGAUACAAAAUCCGAGUUAAGGGGAAAUACUGUCCAAACAGCUAAAAUGGUCAUGGAUGACGGCCGGCUUCAGCUCCACCUAGCAACGUCGCUAUCGUGGGGGACUGAGCGGUUGUACCAGGCCAGAUGGGAACGCAACGAACAGACAGCACCAGUGACGUUGCUCUACGAUAUUCCCGUAGCGCUAACACGCGGUGGUGUACGUCUUCGCGGUCUGUCCGUUCGCUGCGAGGCGACAGCCAAUAGCUCGGAGCAGCUUAUCACCCAGCGGUCUGCAUUAAGAGGCACAGCUUGCGAGAUACAGCGAGGCCUUUCCUCUCUCGAAAUGUUGCAUUACAACCUCACACGAUUGACGGAGCCGAACGAUGCAGUCGUUCUACGUCGGUGCCGUCUCAACGCGGCUGAAUAUAUCAAGCUCGCAAUUACUAGUGAAUAUCUUGCCGAGUUGAUUAUUGAGCUUCCAGGAUUACACAAGUCUUCGAAAGAUAUAGGCGAGGCGUAUGGCAGUCUCGAGAAAGCGCUCGGUCGCAUGGCAAACACCAGUCUUAGCCAGCUUCAACUAGGCCACGUGUCUUUAACUGCGGAUGAACUAAGGGAUAUCAUUGAACGAUACGGAGACAAAGCAUUAUUGUGCAAAUUGUACUCGGUGUAUCUCAACAAUGGGAGUUGGGCUAGUGUCUUGGAUACUGUACGUGCAAAGAUUGGCUUACGCGUGAGAGAUGGUAGCUGCUCAUUCCAAACUGAAGAGCUAAACAGCUUGGAAAUGUGGAAUCAUUACCAUGAUAAAUAUCAGAAAGGGCUCACGGAAGCCACCAUUCAAGGCGUCCUAUGGAUCAACGAGGUUCAAAAGGCUAUUAAGCAAUACGUUGCUGGGCAGGAAUUCGUAAAUCCCAUGAUGACAUGCAACCUACCGUUUGAACCGCUUCUGUAG